CUUUUCGAGCGAUGGACGAAGCGGACAACCUGAUCGCGCAGACGCUGGCGCAGAGCGGAUGGUCCAAGGAGCUGCCGCGGAUUGGCGCCAUGGCGGGCGAAGACCUCGUCCCUCUCGUGGCCUGGGGCCUCGGGCGAAUCGAUGGCGCGAGCGAUGUGGCCGCCCCGUACCCAAAGGGGGUCGCCCAGCGGCAUCGCCUAGCCGCAGCCUUUGCGGAGCGGAUUAAAGCGCAUGGAUACAAUGGCGACUGCGGCUACAACCACUUGCUGUACCCGAGCGAGUACGACACCCGCCAGCUCCUGCUCUGGCUCGUGCAGAAGCUUCCAAAGGUCGAGCGCGAUGACAUGGACGAAGCGUCGCCCGAGAUGCAGGUGCGGAAGACGCUCGCAGACGCACUCUCGUUCUGGAUGCAAGCGCCUGCCCCGUCGUCGUCGGAGCUUGCUCCCAACGCGAUGGCUACGAUGCCCCGGGCCUCGCCGCUACCCGACUUUUUCCGCACGAGCGCCACCUUGGCGCGCAGCACCUAUGUCGCGACCAAGCAGCCUCUUGCGACCGACGCGAAGCUCGUAUCUCAGCACAAGCAGCUUUCGCUCCUAGCGCUAAACGAAGCCAGCGCGAGAGAUGACGGGCAUGCGUCACGCGCAGCGCUCUUGUCCAACGUAUCAUCCUCGGUGCCUAUCGGGGUGACCGCUGCCUUGCAGUCGCUUGCUCUGGCGCCGCCCGUCGCCCCGUUGUCUGUUGCUUCUUCUAGCACGCCAUCGCCUGUUCGAGAGGCCGUCCCGCUGCCUGCCUCCGAACCCGCAGACAGUCGUGUGGCGACAUGGCGACCGGUCGCUGUCCACGUCGACACGGCGGCUCUCGAUGCCCAGAAAGCUCACGUGCUCGCUCUGCAAAGCCAGUACGAGGCUACAGCUGCGACAGUCGAGCAGCUUGAGGCGCAAAUCACGCUCGCGACGAAGCACCAGGCCGCGGUCGCUACCCACCAGCAAUCCGUCGAGGCAGAGCUCACUGCGCUCGAGCACGACGUCGACAUUCGGCAACAGACCCUCGAUAUGGUGGCGGAUGCAUCGAAGAACAUGGCCAAACUCCAGGCGAUGUGCGACGCCAGCACGAAGCGACUGGCCGCGCUGUCGGUCGAGUGGGCGAUGCACCGUGCCCCGUUGGACGCUGCGAUCGCGGCCCAGUCCGAAGCGGAGUGCGCUUACGAAGCUGACUGCCGCCGCCUCCACGACACGAUCACUGCGUACCGUGACGAGCUGACGAGCUUAGUCGAGAGCGUCGGGCAAAAGAAGACGCAGCGCGAAGCACUUCAGCGCAAGUACGCGGCCGCGCCCAAGUCGAUCAACCGCAGCGUGUACACGUCGCGCAUCAUGGACAUCAUCAAGCAGGUGCACAAGCAAAAGGCCGACAUCGCCAAGAUUCUGCACGACAUUCGGCUGGUCCAGAAGCACAUCAACGUCUCGUCCGAGAAGCUCAAGCGCAGCGAGGCGAUCGCGGAGGAGCGGCUCUUCCACGCGGCCAACGACGCGAGUCACAAGAGCGACAAGCGCACGCAGUACGUCGAGUGCUACCGCCUCUUUACGACGAUUCGCGAGCUCUUUGACGAGCUCAUUCGAUGCGUCAACGACGGUGGGAAGCGCGAGAACCAGACGCGCGACCUCUCCAACUGGAUCGCGCAGCUCUCCAACCGCCUCAACGUGGCCAACUGCGACCAGAUCGAAGCCGACUUGGCGCUGGUCCGCGAUGAGAACAAGGCGCUCGUGGCGCAGCUUCAGACGCGAGGAUAACACGCAUGCAAAUGAAUUGCCGUCGUCUUACAUGCCACAA